AUGCCGCCGGGCAGUCUGAAUUUGGAGUCGCAGCUUUUGUCCGUAAUGGACGUGCUGGUGAAAGCGGCGGUGACGGAAAUCAGUCAGCUGUUCUCGGAGAGCUCGGCGUCUCUCCGCCUGCAUCUCACCCAGAGCCUGAAAGAAAACGAAGCCCUGAGGAUGAGGAUGAAGGUGACGAGGAGUGAGCUCUUCUCCCUCCGGCUGCAGACCAGGACCGGCCGGCCGGCCAGCCGCUUUUCCCCGAUCAGAGGAUACAUCCCCAAACCCCGGGCUAAAUCACAAGGAAACUGCUUCUAUUUCUCUACAAUCAGAGAACGAGACAUCUUCUCUGUCCCUCAAGUUGAGUGUGCAGAUGUGGAGAGCCCGGAUGUCAUCCUGAUCAAAGAUGAAGAAGACGUUGGAGGAUGUGUGUCCGUUGUAGGUCAGGAGGACUUUGGAAACCACAGUACGCAGGGUGGUGUUUCUACAGGGACUCAGAAUUUAGAGUCCUGCCUGACGGGUGAUAAUGAGGACCUGAGAAUCGUGAGUGUUCACGGCCGAGGGGAAGGGCCUCUGCAGGAGGAGAGCGACACCCUCUUCACUGCCUCUGAACUCCAGGCUUUUAGCUCUCUGUCUCCUGACCACAUCACCCACGACAGUCUCCUGAAUUUCACUACCGGUGCUAACGGCAGAGCCCCGAUAAGAGGGAUGCAGGAUAACAGAAACCAACUGGAACUAAAUCAUUCCACCCAAAUGUCUUCAACAGCAUUGAUUCCUGCAAUAAAAACACAAAUAAUAGGAGCUGAUGGUCAUGUGGGGCACCCCAGUCAUGUCAGCCAGUUCGCCCAGCAGCAGAACAUCUUCCCUCACGGCAUCAGCAAAUCUCUGGAUUGUAGCUUCUGUGGCGAGCGCUUCCUCAGCCGUGAAGACCUGAUUGUGCACAGGGCAAGUCACACCGGGGAGCCGCCCGUUCUUUGUACCUUUUGCAGAAAGUCAUUUGUCAACAAGACCACACUGAGCAUCCACAUGCGCAUUCACACCGGGGAGAAGCCCUACGCUUGUACGCAAUGUGGGAAGCGCUUCACGCAGAACGGCAGCCUGAAGAUCCAUCUGAGGACUCACUCUGGAGAGAAGCCUUACAUGUGCAAUCAAUGCACUGCCAGCUUCAACAACCCCAGCAACCUGCGCAGGCACAUGAUCACACACAACAUGAACGGAUUGGUCUGACAAUGAAAGAGACAAAGACUUACAGACUUACAUGGAAUUCUACAUUUGAAAACGUGUUACUUUUACUGACACUUGUGCCACAGUGUGUAUUUGAGGAUUAUGUGUUUCCUGUGGCAGUGUAUUGUGUUUCUAGAUUUGCCACUACACAAAUAACUUGUCAAAUGUACUAGAUAAACUACACCAAUGUAUAUCUUGACAACUUCCCAGUAAAAUCAAUGGACUGUUGCAGUUUAAAAUAAGGACACAAACAAGCAUGAUAUCUGUUCAAUAUGAAGAGACUUAUUAUUAUUGAUACUAGGAAAACCAGCAAUAGGCUAACAACCUUCAAAAGUUAAAUGCCUUUUUUUAUUUAUCUUUUUUUAUUAUUUAUUUUUUUAUACUGUUUGAAAAGCUGACAAAUAUAUGCCUUAUUCAUUGUUCAAGGAAUAUAUACAGUAGCUUUUCAUUUAAGUCAAAUUUGAUAAAUCCCCAAAAAUGUUUUACCCUGACACGACCAACUCUGCAAAUUAUACAACUGUAGCUCAACGCUAAACAAGUAAUCAUUUAAUUUGAAUGUGUAAAUUACACUCGCAGUUUAUAUCUUGAAUAAUCUGAUAGCAUGAAUGCUUGUAAACUGUAGUGGGAGCCAUGGGAACAACCACGUGAUAGAUAACCGUGCAACAGAUGUGGAUUUAGAUGCUAAAAUGGACAUAAACACGGACAGUGAUGUUGAAAUUAAAGAGAAACGGACAGUUA